UGAGGAGUGCGGCAGGAAAAGCGCAGGGGAGACGCCGCCGAGAUUGAGGGAGAGGAAAAAAUAAAAACACUUAUAAAGAAGAACAAUUCCGGACAAGGACAACCUUUUCCGUUAACUUAUAACUUAUAAUUUAACUAUUCCUGCGAAUAGAAGUCGGGCAAAUGCGCGACCCGUUUCGUAGAUAGACAUAUCCACUGUAUGCUUGGCAACCUGAAGAUAAUGUCAGGGAAUCAAUGGAUGAAAAUUCCCCAAACUACUGCAGUUGCCUGGCUGGAAUUCUCGUCUCGUACUGAGAGUAUCCGACACAUGGAAAUAAAAACGGUUAACUUGUAAGGACCGUGGGAAGGAGCCACAACACAUCUGGGUGUGAGGAAUUAUAUCGGUGUCCAGUCGGUAUUCGGCUAGAUAACGCAUUUAAAGUUUGAACGGAAAGAACAUUUUUGCUGCAUCGAAUUCCUUUGGACGGGAUGUCAUCUGCCUCCGGUAGAAUUCCACGAGCUAACUGACCAUCUCCCUCUCGGUAACGGAGGCCGAGCGAGCCAGGCGUGAAGAUGAGUAAUGCGGCAGAUACCAAGGGGUUGAGGCGAACCUUUAUCGUCCCCUCGAUCAAGGCUUUUGAUCACUAUGAUUUCACAAGGGCCAAAAUAUACAGUAGCUUGACAUGGCUUGUGGCCAAAGCCUUCGGCUCAGAUGCGGUCCCAGAAGAGCUGGCGGACCCCUUCUACAGGGACCAGUACAACCAGGAGCACCUGAAGCCCCCCGUGGCAUGCCUGCUGCUGUCUGCAGAGCUCUACUGCCGGGCGGGGAGCCUCAUCCUCCGCAGCGAUGCCGUCAAACCUCUGCUGGGACACAACGCCAUCAUCCAGGCCCUGGCACAGAAGGGACUGUACGUCACUGACCAGGACCGACUUGUCACAGAGAGGGACCUGACCAGCACACCUAUACACAUGAGUUCCCAUCUGGCCCUAAUAGACACUCUGAUGAUGGCGUACACGGUGGAGAUGGUGAGUGUGGAGCGAGUGAUGGCCUGCAUCCACCGCUACUCCUCCCCUCCCAAUGUCCUCUCCUCCCACCCUGACGGACACAUCAGGGACCUGCCCUACGACACUGAGGAUGCAGUCACCACCUGGAUCAACAAGGUGAAUGAGCACCUCAGGGAGAUUCUGGUGGAGGAGCAGAGGUUGAGAGAGAGCUCCUGCUCUGAGAGCACAGCUACUGCAUCACAGAGGGCUCCAGACAAAUGGUAUUGGAGACUGGUACCUGCCCGCUACAGGAGGGAGCAUGCUAAGCAGAGGUCAGCUCCGUCACUCCCCCCGGUGGACAAUCUGCUGAAGGACAACACAGACGGCUGUGCCCUGGCCGCACUCGUCCACUUCUACUGCCCAACGUCUGUCAGACUGGAAGAUAUCUGUCUGAAGGAGACCCUGUCGCUGGCUGACAGUCUGUACAACCUGCAGCUGGUGCAGGAGUUCUGCAGGGACAGCCUCAACCACUGCUGCCACUUCUCCCUGGAGGACAUGCUCUAUGCCCACUCUUCCAUCAAGAAUAACUACCUGGUGUUUAUGGCAGAGCUGUUCUGGUGGUUUGAAGUGGUGAAGCCUUCGUUUGUACAGCCCAGAGUCUUUGACCCACAAGCAGUCUGUGAUCUAGCCCCGUCAGCAAGGACUAUGGCUCCUAUCUGUAGCCCAGCCAAACAGGACUUUGGGGACAGCCCAGAACACAAAAGGCUUCAACCAGACUCUGCUUCAGGUGUGAUAAAGAGGUCAGCAUCCAUGUCCUAUGUGGAUGGCUGUGUGGGGACAUGGCCUAAGGAGAGACGGUCUAGGGGCAUCUCCUUUGAGAUUCCUUUGGACGGGGAUCCUAGCGUCCCUCCCUGUGGGGGUCCCUCCCUCCGGGGCAUUACCCGCUCUGCCAGCACCGAGGGCCUGGGUGGGUUCAAAGUUCAUCACGCACACCAGGGGGACAUGAGGCGCCACCUCUCCUUUCAGCCGGUCAGCGUCAACGGCCAGAGCAGCACCGCCGGACACAUACCUGAGGAGGACUACAACAGGGACUCACCAGACUCCCACAAAGCACUGGGGCGCGGGCAGACUCAGCCACACAAGAACCGGAACAGAUAUUCCAAUGGCGUUCUCCAAGAGAACGGCAAUGGCGGCAGCGGCCCCGUCAGCCCGUCGACCCCCCCUAGCAUCGAGGAGGCUCUGAAGAUCAUCCACGACACAGAGAGGCCCCACGGCAGUCUGCGGCCCGGGGCCAACGGCUUCUUCCUCCACGAUGGAGUUGAACCUUCAGACCCAGGGGACGACCCUGAUGACUACCCAGGAUCGGCUAAGGCCCGGGCAGACGAGGCCGACCCCUACUCAGCCUCUACGGAGGAAGUCGACACGGGGAUCCACGUGAGGACGGAGGACAUCCAGGAGAGUUUGGACGAGGACAACUCUUCUAUCAGGGACUACUCUGAUAUGGACCCUGACUAUGAGGCUAUGACCCGAUCCUGUCCCUUACCAGAGGGGAAUGGAGAAAGGGGCGAGAGGAGCAGCCCAUACCCCAGCUCGGUGUCUCCAGCCCCUCUGUCUCAUGCUCCCAGCCCUGCCUCGUCCUCGGGUGGUUCUGGCGGCGGAGUGGUUCGCAUGACCAGCUUCGCCGAGCAGAAGUUCCGUAAGCUGGAGGGGCGGAGCAGCGGAGGGACCACCCCCGAGAGUGCUGAGCUCAACGUUCCCAACACGCCCCCCAUACGAACUGCCACGCUCGAGAUCUCCAGCCCCACCCACCCAGGCCAGACCCCGGCCAUGCCCUCUCCCAGAGACCACACCCACCUGUUGUCGUCAGAUAUGGUGCACCUGAAGAUGAAGCUGGAGGAGAAACGCAGAGCCAUCGAGGCCCAGAAGAAGAAGGUUGAGGCAGCGUUCACCCGUCAUCGUCAGAAGAUGGGUCAGACAGCCUUCCUCAACGUGGUGCGAAGGAAAGGGGUCACCCCCUCCCCCACCAGCCCCAUCCCUGGGGGCCCAGACCUGGACAAACCCUCCCCAGAUCCCUUCCUCACCCUUUCUGGCAGCCUCAGUCAGGCGGAGAGGUGCAAGCCCGACGGAGCCGCUCCCAAGUCCCCCUGUGAGGAGGGUGCAGGUGUCGGGGGUGGAGAGGUGGACCUGGGUGAGUACACUCGCUCCAUCGAGAGGCUGAACACGUCCCUGGGGUUCCUGCAGACGGAGAUGCAGCGGCUGGCCCAGCAGCAGGACAGGAUCAUGGCUAUGAGGGAACAGCAACAAGCCUGGGUCAUACCUCCUCCAGCACCCUCACCGCACAGGCAGCUCCGGGAGCUCCGCAGCAACAGUGUAACCGGCCGGGGGUCCGUGGGGUCCUUGUCCCCCAUCUUGUCCUCAGCCGGUGGUUCCCCCCGCGCCGCCCACCGUUCCCCCGGCGGCCUCAAGCGCCGACCGGCCUCCUUCCAUGCCAGCACCCCUCACACCCAACGCACCCCACGCCCCACCGAGCUCAAGGUAACCCCCUUUAGACGGAUGCUCAACACCCUACCAUCCGUGGACAGUCUUCCUAGGCUGAGACGCUUCUCACCCAGCCAGACCCAGGUCACCUCCUUUGCCUACCUGGGACAUGAUGAAGGUCCUGGGGCCACAGGGGGAGCAGAGGAGCCCCAAAACCAAACCAAACCACCUGAGACAGAGGUAGCGGUGGCGGGGAUAAGGAGUGCAGGCGCUCAUCCCUCCUCGCCCACUAAAGAGCCAGCCAAGGAGAGAGAGGAGGAGAGGAAGGAGGAGAGGAGAGAUGAAGGGAGAACGGAGAAGUUGGCAGAGGUGCUGUCUCAGCCUGUGAGAGACCUGAUGGAGGUGCCGCCGUCAUUGCUGAAGUCUUUGGAUGGACAGGGUCUAGAAAGUGGAGAGGGGGAGAACAGAGGAGAGCUGUACGGAGAGGACCAGAAAAUGUGCUGUGGGUUCUUCUACAAGGAUGAUGGGAAGGGAGAGGAGGACAUGGCAAUGAAGAGAGCUGCACUGCUGGAGAAGAGGCUGAGGAGAGAGAAGGAGACGCAGGAGAAGAAACAGCAACAGGAGCUGGAGCAGGAGCAGAAGAAGGAGGAAGCACGGCUGAAAGCGGAGGAGGAGCAGCAGAAGAGAGAGGACGAAAAGCAGAGGAAAGAUUACAUAAAGAACGAGUACAUGAGGAGGAAACAUUUGAAGCAGGUGGAGGAUAUGGAUGUCAGGCCCCGCCAUGGAAGUCUCAAAAAGAAGCCCCGCCCCAAAUCCAUGCACAGGGAUGUCAUGGAGUCACCUAAGCCCCCCGCCAGAGCCACAGGUACUCGACCGCGUGGGUUCUCAGUCUCCAGCAUGUCCUUGGCCUCCCUCAACCUGGCUGACAACGACAGCAACGCCGGAGAUAAGAGGAUCCCCAGAAGCAGUAAACUAGGCACUGUGAGAGGCCAUAUCUCUUUCUUUUUAAGCUCUCCCAAAGAGAGAAAGGGAAGGCCUGACUCUGCUAGGCCAGACUCUGCUAGGCCAGACUCUGCGGAGGGCAAUCUGUCGUCCUGCCCGUCUCGUAACGGAGAGAAGGACUGGGAGAACGAGUCCACAACCUCCUCCACUCCCUCCAACCAAGAGUACACAGGGCCAAAGCUGUACAAGGAGCCCAGUGCCAAGUCCAACAAGCAUAUCAUCCAGAACGCCCUGGCCCACUGCUGCCUUGCGGGCAAGGUCAACGAAGGACAGAAGAAUAAGAUAAUAGAUGAAAUGGAGAGGUCGGGGGCCAACAACUUCCUGGUGAUGUUCCGAGACACAGGUUGCCAGUUCCGCUCGGUGUACACCUACUGCCCUGAGACGGAGGAAAUCACCAAGCUGGCGGGCAUCGGGCCCAAGAGCAUCACGGCCAAGAUGAUCGAGGGCCUGUACAAAUAUAACUCAGACAGGAAGCAGUUCAGCCACAUCCCUGCCAAGACAAUGUCGGCUAGUGUAGACGCCAUCACCAUCGCCCCCCACCUGUGGCAGACCAAGAAACAGGGCACGCCCAAGAAACUGGGUAGUCUCAAGUAGUCACAGCAACAACCCCUUUCAUACCAAACCCAGGAUAUUGUUGCUUGGUGUCCUGGGUUAUAGUUGAGGACUGAGGGGAGGCUUUGCCGGUUAUCUGACCCAGGAACGGCCAAAUUACCUGGGAUAUUGCAGGGUCUGGUUUGGUAUGAACGGUG